AAUUUGUAUUUCAUUUUAAAGCCGUUUUAUGAAUUCUUGGUCGAGCACAUGAGUGCCGCUUCAGCUACGCGGCAAUCUGCGAAUCGCUUCAGUACCGCGGACUAUUUACAGCAACCCUAACAGGCAGCUGAGAGGGAGCCUAGGCUAUAGACUCUCGACAAUGAUUAGGAUAAACGAACACCGCCACAGGGCAGUGCUCUGCGAGUUCUACGCACGCUAUGAGAAAUAGUGCGAUGCGGCUGAGACUUGGCGAUAGAUGGUAAGUUUACAUGUGCUAAAGAGGCAUUUACGAUUACCCAGGUAAUUCUCCAUUGUUACUAGAACUGCAUACUCCUAUAUUUCAUUCGGCGUUGUGGUUCAAUCAUCCACCUAGGAAUUUAGGAUUUCUAGUCUUUACUAUGAAAUAAUGUCGAGUCUAUUCAAUUCCGCCAAGGACGUAGCCAAAGGCGUGCGCCUAGCCGCCGACACCGCGGUAUGGGCCGGAAAUGCCGUCUUACGGCGUGUGAUAGGGAGUCGGAACGGCCUCUGCUUAAUAUGCAACAACCUCCAACCAUACGGACACGAGAAUACCUUUGGCCGGCCGAACCAUGCCUGGAGCCAAUUCAUCGAUCCCGAGCAAACCGCGCGGAGAAAAGAGCUUUCCUCCGUCCCUACUCUGGUCUUGGAAGAAAUCUCAACUAAGAAACUUCUAGAGAGCCGUGAAAUAGACCCCGAAACGGGUCGUCCGAAGCGGAAUUGCAAGUAUUGCAGACUACUAUGUGAUAUUUUCGAUGCGUAUUUUAUUGAUGAGUGGAUGAGUUGGAUCACGGAGACUAAAAAUGCUAUGCCGAUACAGGUCGGGCUUAUGAUUAAAGAGGGAGCGCCGUUGAUAAUCAAUUGUUGGAAUUUUACCUACGACAAGUGGUUCCAAAAUACGAGGGUGGAUCUCGAACUUUACAUGGUCCCUAUGCCUCUGACUCCUAUCUCGGGUGCACCCGCGAUGGGCCAUGUAGGUCCUCGUGCAGCGGAUGUCCGGUCCGAGGAAUGUAUGAGGUUCAUGAAGGAAAGUGUGCGGGAAUGUUGCGGGUCACAUCCGAGAUGCGCCACGCAAACCGAUGGCUUCGUGCCGACGAGAUUGAUAUAUGUGGGUGGAGGUAAGGAUGCACUUAAGUUAUGUGAUGCUAUUCCCCCAGGCCAGAACAUUACAUGGGCUGCUCUUAGUCAUUGCUGGGGUGGUGGUAAGCCUCUCUCCCUAACAAAAUCAGCCCUUGGCAGUCUGAAAGAGCACAUUGAAUUCUCGGAACUACCGGCUACUUUCCAAGAUGCGAUCACCGUGGCGCAGGAACUUGGAUUGGCGUAUGUAUGGAUCGAUUCGCUUUGCAUCAUCCAAGAUGACAAAACGGACUGGGAAAAGGAGGCAGCACGAAUGGGCUCGGUGUACAGCCGUGCAUUUAUCGUCAUCAGCGGUGCAUCUUCACCCAACCCUAACACGCCGUACUUACAGCUGCGCGAAGGCGAAUGGCUUCCAAAGCGCUUUGACUUCCCUGUCUCGCCUGGUGUCAAUAUACCUAUCAUGGUCCGACAGAGGCAUCUCCUAGCAGCACCGCUAGAACAAGGAUUACUCGAGCCACCAUUUACAAGCUCCUGGGCGACGCUGAAGAAAGUAGGGCCAUUAUAUGCGCGUGGGUGGUGCUUCCAAGAAUCAUUCCUCGCACCAAGGAUCCUCAACUUCGCCCCUGGCGCUAUCAUUUACGAAUGUAAAACGCAUCGCAAGAGCGAGGAUCAAUUGCCCCCUUACCCAAUUACAGUCCCGGGUACGCUAGGCGAGGUCACACCCAUGGAACAGUGGCACAUGAUUGUGAAGUCGUACACAUCGCGCCAAUUAACAUUCGUCAGCGACAAGCUCCCAGCCAUAGCAGGUGCAGCAACUAUCAUGCCGCAAGCGAAGACAAGCCGGUAUCUCGCGGGUUUAUGGAGCGAAACCCUGCUAUUAGAUCUCCUCUGGCAAGUCAUGCCGGGUCGCGCACACACCCCACUUAUGACGAAAGAACACGAAGAGAACGCGCCAACAUGGUCAUGGGCAUCGAUGAACUGGGGUGUAACGUGGAAUCCGAUGAAAUCGAUACAACUUCUUGCUACCGUAGUCGAUGCUCAGACGAACGUAGUCGGGGCUAAUCCGUAUGGCCAAGUAUCGGGUGGUACGAUUACACUUCGCGGUCGCAUCAAGUACUGCAAGCUCUCGGCGGACUAUCAUAAAAAUCAGCAUUGGGUUUACUAUACCAAGGCUGAUGGAUCUCUUAGCCGAAAGCAACAUUUUCGAACGGAUGGUGCUCUUGUACCAGGGACUAUAUCAGGACAGCCUAGUACUUUCGCUUGUCGGUCACGCAAAACGACGUCCGGGAAUGCAAUGGAGACGACGGCGGCGUUUUUCUGUAUCGCGAAGACAUACUGGCUCAAGACUCGCCAGGCAUUACCAAUAUAUAUGGGACUGGUUUUGGGUAUGUCCCCUAAGUUCCCAGGGCAUAUGGAGAGAGUUGGUUGUGUAUGGCAAUUGCCCGAAGACUGGUACGAUUCUGGUGAAGAAGUGACGGUAGCCAUUGUAUGAAUUUUGCGCAUCCCUCUUCCCAUUGCUUUUGCUUUUUCUUUUCUCAUUUUAGCGUCUAUGGUAACGUAACACAACGAUUUCUUGUCUGGAAGUACCUAGAUCGUGAUGUGUAGGCCAUGGUAUUUCAGGAACUACGUCUGUAGAUAUUAGGAAAAAAACUGGUCUCUAAAUGUCUCUUUGUAUCACGUACGUAAUUGUCAAUAUACCUAGGUAGGUAAUGCUUAAGCAGAAGGAAUUCUAGUUCUUCAUGUUUAUUCUCAUUUUUACAACUGUUAUAUUCCUUGACCCCUCACCUGUAUCCUCACGAUCCUGUAGGGAAAAUAAAUCAACUUGUCAGGCCGCAGUAGGACAAUACGGAUCUCAUGAUUGGCUAUAUUAGAACCCGGAGAUAGCUAUCGUAUUCCACCGCCGUUACGGUGAAUUGAAAAUAAUAACUCCCUGAU